GUUCAUUUUGAUUAUGAUCAUAUAUCUUGAAAAUACUAUGUUUUACUAUAAGUGGUCGAGGCAUAAGACAGUUUUGUUAGUUUACAGAUGUUUUUUUUUAUUAUGAAACUUUGAAUUAUGUGUAAUGUACCCUAAAGAGGAGAAGCGGUAUAGAAAAUGGAUGGAUAGUAGUAUGAACUGUAUUAUUUUUACUACGCUAUUAUUAAUGAUGAUGAUUAUUAUUAGACAAGGCUAGCAAUGGCGGAUCACAGUUUAAAAGGCGGCAGUGGAGACUUUGCCAAAAAAGUUCAAAGACAGCUGAGCAGAAGCAAAGAAAAGGUACUGCAGAAACUUGGCAAGUCUGCGGAGACGAGAGAUGACCACUUUGAACGUUAUCUCCAACAGUUUUAUGACCAACAGACGGAUGGGAACAGAAUCUACAAAGACCUGAGGAACUACAUCGAAGCAGUCAGAGACAUGAGAAUAGCCUCCAGACGCCUUUCGCAGUCUUUCUUUGAUGUUUACGAAAGCAACUGGGUGGGAGAAGAAGACAUUGGAGCCAUAGUGGAGGGCGAGGACCUCCUGUGGAACGACUACGAGGUGAAGCUGCUGGACCAAGCCGUACGGACCAUGGAGACCUACGUGGGCCAGUUCCCGGACGUCAGGGAGAAGGUGGCCAAGAGGGGGAGGAAACUUGUGGACUACGACUCGUCCCGUCACCACCUGAAGGACCUGCAGACGUCCAAGAAGAAGGACGACGUCAAGAUCAGCAAGGCAGAAGACGAGAUGUGCGGCGCCAAACGCGUCUACGAAAGAAUCAACAGCGAGCUGAAGGACGAGCUGCCCGCGCUGCACGAAAGCCGCAUCGGAUGCUACGUGGCGGUCUUCUCUGCCAUAUCAAAUCUACGAGACAUCUUCUACAAGGAAAUGAGAACGCUCAACCUGGAUCUGAACAACGUGGUGAAGGAACUGCAGGCCCAGCAUCCCGACAAUGUGUUUGCUGUCAAGGGCUUGCAAAGGUACGGCUCCUUGAAGAGACACACCCUGUUGUCCCCCAAGGCUUGGAAGACCAGCUUCUCUGAGUUCCACAGGAGCUACAGUCCAAAAGGCGGGCAGAGGUUUAGCUUCCGUUCCCCGGAAAAACCUCGCCACAGCUCCUUGUCCCGAGAGAGCAGCACCAUCGCGGUCUCGCCGCUGACCCCUCCUCUGGAGAGCCCCACUUUUGAGUCCAGGGGGUCCAGCCGCAAUGCGAUGCACGUUCCUGCCGUCCAAGAGGGGGCUGUCGUGGAAGCUGCGUCGCAAGAAGAAGCCAACCAGGAGGAAGAAGGCGAGGCCUCUAACGCGGAAGAAGCAAAGAAGAAGCCCGAAGACGCAGCGGAGACCGACAGCAGCUGCGAACUCAACAACUCCUGCGACUCCGAGAGUUUGGAGCUGCAGCUGAUGGCGGGAGACGAGACCCCCCCGCUGCGCAUCGACGAGUCCGACCUCAGCCACGAGGCCUUCAAGGUCAACGGACUGGAGAACGGAGACGUCUCCACCGAGUUAGACGCCGACUCGCGCAAGGAUGUCCCCGCCGACCCCAAAAGCACAGAGGUCUGACACUUUCACCCCCUUUGAGCGCCCUAAAGCUGAGCGCCAACCAGACCGACGCCAACAGCUGCGGAGGAACGGGAGUGCAUCUGUCGUUGGAACGCUCUCUCUCGUACAGCCAGCAUGGACUCAGUCACGAUCCGAAUAAAACCGUAGUAUUUUAGUCCACAAUUCACAGCAACUACUAAACACAUAAAUUAGGUAACCACACAGAAAGAUAUGAUGUGUUUAUAUUUGCAUGUUAUUGUCACGUAAUCCUCAUAUUCGAGUCAAAUGCAGUGUAAGGUCUAUUCAUUCAUGAUACAAUUGCUAGGUGGUUGUACUACUACAAUGUUACUGUCAUUCAUA